CAGACUCUGUCUCUGUUAUUAUACUAACCAAAACACCCUCUAUAAUUCACUCUUUUCUCUCUCUCUCUUCUCUCUUUCUUUCUUUCUCAAAAAUAAUCUAAAAGAGCAGAGAGCUGACAACAAUCGAGUAGAGUGUUUGAUAGUGCUAAAAAUGGCUCUGGUAAAUGAGCUGUUGGGAGUUUCAAGGCUGGAGAUAUCUAGACUGAGUUCAUUUCUGAGCUCAUCGAAGUCUGUAGCGGAUCUUGAUGGGCAGUUGCGCGUGAACCGGGUUGUUGAUCCGCUGGGGAGAAGGGGCCUGCAAGUGAAGAGGGUUAGACCGGUGGCAGCCGUGAGCAGCGAGCAGAAAGUGGUGAAGAUUGUGCCGGAGAAAGGUGUGAAGUUUAAGGUUAGAGCUGUGGUGACUGUGAGGAACAAGGACAAUGAAGAUUUUAAGGAAACUUUCGUCAAGCAUCUUGAUAAUCUCUCUGAAAGUUUUGGCAGAAAUGUUGUGAUGGAGCUCAUCAGCUCUGAAAUUGAUCCAAAAAGCAAGGGGCCACACAAGAGCAAGCCAGCGGUGUUAAAGGAUUGGUCCAAGAAGUCAAAUCUAAAGACAGAGAGAGUGAAUUACAUUGCAGAGUUUGUGGUGGAUUCCAACUUUGGGGUCCCUGGUGCAAUCACAGUCACCAACAAGCACCAGCAAGAGUUCUUCCUGGAGAGCAUCACCAUUGAAGGGUUUGCAUGUGGUACAGUCCAUUUCCCUUGCAAUUCUUGGGUUCAAUCCAAGAAAAACCACCCUGACAGCAGGAUAUUCUUCUCUAACCAGCCGUAUCUGCCCAACGAGACACCUGCCGGACUAAAAGCAUUGAGGGAGAAAGAGCUUCGAGAUUUGAGGGGUGAUGGAACAGGAGUUCGAAAAUUGUCUGAUAGGAUAUAUGAUUUCGAUGUUUACAAUGAUCUUGGGAAUCCUGAUAAGGGGGUCGAUUUUGCUCGUCCCAGACUUGGUGGCGAAGCUAUUCCUUAUCCUAGGCGUUGUCGUACUGGUCGUGUCCCAACAGACACCGAUAUCAAUGCCGAGAGUAGAGUGGAGAAGCCAUUGCCAAUGUAUGUGCCAAGGGAUGAGCAAUUCGAGGAAACUAAGCGGGACGCAUUCUCCACUGGAAGGCUUAAAGCUGUGCUUCACAACUUACUCCCGGGAUUGCAGGCUAAAAUCUCGGAAAAAAACAAGGACUUAAAAGGAUACCAAGACAUUGAUAGACUUUAUAGCGAAGGGGUCCUUCUAAAACUCGGAAUUAAGGAUGAUGUCUUGAAGAAGUUCCCAUUGCCAAAAAUCGUCACCAAGUUCAAAGACGGCGACCUUCUCAAAUUUGACAUUCCUAAGAUAAUCUCAAAGGAUAAACUGGCAUGGCUGCGAGAUGAUGAAUUUGCCAGGCAAGUACUUGCAGGUAUUAACCCUGUAUCCAUUGAAAGGCUUCAGGUUUUCCCUCCAGUAAGCAAGCUCGACCCUGAGAUCUAUGGCCCCUUAGAUUCUGCCCUCAAAGAAGAACACAUUCUUGGACAUAUCAAUGGCAUGUCUGUACAAGAGGCUUUAGAUUCAAAUAAGCUGUACAUUGUGGAUUAUCAUGACGCGUACCUACCAUUUGUUGACCGGAUUAAUGCUCUUGAUGGCCGUGCUGCAUAUGCUACCCGGACCCUUUUCUUUUUGACUGAUAUCGGGACUCUCAAACCAAUUGCCAUCGAGCUUAGCCUCCCGUCAACUGGUCCGAGUUCGAGGUCCAAGCGGGUAGUCACACCGCCAGAGGAUGCAACCACUUAUUGGAUGUGGCAACUUGCUAAAGCUCACGUCUGCUCCAAUGAUGCUGGCGUUCACCAACUCGUUCACCACUGGUUGCGAACACAUGCUAGUAUGGAGCCUUUUAUUUUGGCUGCUCAUAGGCAGUUAAGUGCCAUGCACCCAAUCUAUAAGCUUCUCGAUCCACACAUGAGAUACACGCUCGAGAUUAAUGCCUUGGCUCGCCAGGGCUUGAUCAGCAAUGAUGGUGUUAUAGAGUCUUGCUUCACUCCAGGUCGUUAUGCCAUGGAGAUCAGCGCUGCUGCUUAUAAGAACUGGCGGUUCGACUUGGAGAAUCUCCCUGCUGAGUUAAUCCGAAGAGGAGUAGCAGUAGCGGAUUCAACACAGCCACACGGGGUUAAGCUUUUAAUCGAGGAUUAUCCAUAUGCUGCAGAUGGUCUCUUGAUCUGGGGCGCGAUUGAGAAUUGGGUUAAGACUUAUGUGAGCCAUUACUACCCAGACCCCGAUCGGGUCUGCAACGACAGGGAGCUUCAGGCAUGGUACGCCGAGUCCAUCAACGUGGGCCAUGCCGAUGUUCGCCACGCCGACUGGUGGCCAACUUUAGCAACACCCGACGACCUCAUCUUGAUCCUCACCACCAUCAUUUGGCUCUCGUCUGCACAGCAUGCCGCCCUGAACUUCGGCCAGUACCCCUACGGGGGCUACAUCCCUAACCGCCCGACCCUCAUGCGUCGUCUAAUCCCCGAGGAGAACGACCCCGAGCACGCCAUCUUCACAGCAGACCCUCAGAAGUACUUCUUCUCCGCACUACCAAGCCUGUUGCAAGCCACGAAGCUCAUGGCCGUGGUGGACACUCUCUCAACUCACUCCCCCGACGAGGAAUACCUCGGCGAAAGACCCCAAACAUCAACGUGGACAGGCGACACCGAGAUGGUCGAGGCGUUCUACGAAUUCUCGGCCGAAAUUCGGAAGGCGGAGAAGGAAAUCGAGGCCCGGAAUAGCGACACCAGAUUGAGGAACAGGUGUGGUGCUGGGGUGAUUCCAUAUGAACUUCUUGCUCCUAGCUCUUCUCCUGGGGUAACAUGCCGAGGUGUCCCCAACAGUGUGUCAAUAUGAUGCUAGGAUGAUAAUACUUAUUUUCUAUGGUGUUGAUAACACGGAAUACAAUCAUGUAUGGUAUAUCUAAUUGUACCUGAUAUAAUCAGUGUUGCAAAAAUCGGGCCUAGGCGUCGAUUAAUCGCUUCAGGCGCCCGCCUAGGCGCCCUAGACGGUCCCCAGGCGCCUAGCGAUUUUUUCAACCUUGGAUAUAAUUAAGUAUGAUAUACAUGAUUGUACUGGUUACCUUGGGCACUGUAGAAAAUUUCUAUUAAUUAAUUGUUUGUAGUGAGAAUAUAGGUAUGCAUGUAGGGAGUGCAUUAUUAUUAUUA